AUGGCUCAGUAUAUGGAUCCUGAUCUUCCUGUCAAGAAUGAGUUCCCUGACCAAGCUGACCGCUCAUUUUCACUACCUUAUAACUCAGUGGAACUUGAAGAACAAAUCAAACCAGCACUCAAUCCCAAAGAAGUCAUUUGGGAAAAAACGAAACAAUGCUGCAAAAGUAGCCCAGGAAAAUGUGGCAAUUUUUUAUUUGAACUUUUCCCUGUGCUUACUUGGCUUCCUCGCUACAAAGUUAAGGAAUAUUUGCUAGGUGACAUUGUGUCUGGACUCAUUGUUGGCAUUGUCACUAUUCCCCAGGCCAUUGCAUAUUCACUCUUGGCAAGUCAAGAUCCAAUCUAUGGCCUAUACACUAACUUUUUUUGCUGUAUCAUUUACUUCUUAAUGGCUACAUCUCGCCAUAAUUGUGUUGGUACAUUUGGUGUACUCUGUCUUAUGGUAGGGGAGUCUGUGAACAAACAGCUCAGAGCUGCAGGUUUUCCAGAAGAAGGUGACAUCAUUUUAAAUUCAACACUUUCUACUAAUGGAACUGUAUGUGGUCGAGGUUGUUAUGCGAUUAUGGUGGCCACAUCUUUAACAUUUAUGGCUGGAGUUUACCAGAUACUCAUGGGACUCCUCCACCUGGGUUUUAUCUCCAUGUAUUUAUCAGAGCCCUUACUGAGUGGCUUUGUUACUGGGUCUUCACUCACCAUUGUAACCUCACAGAUAAAGUAUCUUUUAGGCUUGAAGAUUCCUCGUCGUGAUGGUGCAGGGUCCUUGAUUAUGACAUGGAUUGAUGUUUUCUCAAACUUAAGCAAGACCAACAUAUGUGACCUAUUAACAAGCGCAGUUUCGAUUAUUGUCAUGCUACCGAUCAAACAACUCAAUGAUAAAUACAAGAGUAAGCUGAAAGUUCCAUUUCCAGUAGAGCUGUUUGUUAUCAUUGUUGCCACUUUGGUUUCCCAUUAUUGUGACUUCAAUGGCAAGUAUAAAUCCUCAAUUUGUGGAACAAUUCCUACCGGAUUUAAGGUCCCUAAAGCACCAGAUUGGGGUCUGAUUCCAAAAAUUGCAACAGAUGCAAUCCCCAUUGCAAUAAUUGGCUUUGCAAUGACAGUAUCCCUGGCUGAAAUAUUUGCUAAGAAACAUGGGUAUACUAUCAGUACCAACCAGGAGAUGAUAGCUAUAGGCAUGUGCAAUAUGGUCCCCUCUUUCUUCUACUCUUUUGCAAGCUGUGCUGCUCUAGCCAAAACUCUACUUAAGGAGUCUACUGGUGCCAAUACACAGCUCAAUGGUAUUGUGACUUCAAUAGUCUUGUUACUUGUACUUCUAGCAAUUGCUCCACUCUUCUACUCCCUUCAAAACUGUAUUUUAGGAGUUAUCACCAUUAUUAGCCUUAAGGGUGCAAUAAUGAAGAUUGGAGACACACCAAAAAUGUGGAGGAUUAGCAGAAUAGACACAGUGGUUUGGUGGGUCAGCAUGCUGGCUUCUGCCUUGAUUUCCACUGAGAUUGGGCUGUUGGUGGGUGUUUGCUUUUCCAUGCUCUGUGUGAUAAUCCGUACACAGAGGCCGAGAGCUACUAUUUUGGGUCAUGUCAGUGGGACAGAGAUUUAUGAAGAUCAGUUAAAAUACAAAGAGCUGGACAACGUACCAAAUAUCAAAAUAUAUCGCUUUGAUGGUUCUCUAUACUAUGCCAAUAAGGAUUAUUUUAAAUCAACCUUGUUUAGGAAAACAGGUGUUAACCCAUCAAUUGUUUUAGCAUUACAAAGAAAAGCCAAAAAGAAAGAGGCAGAAGCCAAUAUGCAAACAAAAUACAAUUUUUUUUCCAAGCUGAAUGUAAUAAAAACAAUAUGUAAACCCCAUGAACCCAUUGAGCCAUCCAUCCCAACGAUCACUGUGCAUUCCCUUAUAAUUGACUGUGGGGCCAUGCAGUUUGUAGAUAGUGUAGGUCUCAGUGUACUCAAAGAGGUCCGCAAUGACUAUGAAGAGAUUGGAGUAUGGGUUUUUCUUGCCAACUGUAAUCCAUCAGUUCGUCGCAUACUUCACAGGGGAGAAUUUUUCAGCAGUGCAAAUAACAGUGCUUGUGUACAAGCAUUUCAUAGCGUUCAUGACGCAGUCACAUUCGCAGAGAGGAAGUUCCGAAAUAAAACAAGGUUAAAUAAUACUGAAUUGUUUUCUUCUACUGUUGAUGGAAACCAUGAAGGCACCAAACUGUAA